AUGCCGCCGCCGCCGCUAGAGAGACUUCUCUCGGGCUCUUUACCAGACCACUGCGAACCAACCUCGCGCUUUCUGACCGCCAUCUCCUCCCAUCUCCACAUCUGUCUCCCCACUCCGCUUGCGCUGAUCUCGUCCGUUCUCGGAACCCUCAGUAUUGUCUCAUGGCUGUUUGCCCAACUGCCACAAAUAUACAAGAACUACCAACUGCAGUCGACAUCGGGUCUCUCGAUCUUCUUCCUUGUCAUUUGGUGCGCUGGAGAUGCGAGUAAUCUCCUGGGUGCGCUGUUCACGCGCCAGGCUGGCUGGCAGGUCGUGGUCGCGAGCUACUACGUGUUUGUCGACGUCACGUUGGUAAUCCAGUUCUUCUGGUAUACGCACUAUAAAUCUCGCCGAUAUGACGGGUACGGUGAGCUACCGCAUUCGCAUGAUCAUCAUACCUCUCGAGGACCUGUCCUGCAAGGCGUGGCUCUUCCAGACAACGAUGUCAUCCAGCAAGCGCCGGGCGCAGUCGAUAUGGCCCACAAGAAGACGGAGGUUCAAGAUAUGGGCGUGCAGACGGGGUCAACUCUCAACUCAACUCUCGGUCGUACCCCGCCUUAUACUACGGAGAAGUUCGGUUCCUCGCCCCGACCAGUGCGUACAACCAGCAUCUCGUCAAGUCCGCCUUUCGCACUACCUCGGACGAUGUUGGUAGCCUCGCUUGUCUGCGCCGUCCUCGCAAACGCAAGCCCCACCGAGUCCACACCCUCACCCCACCCUCCCAUUUCCCAUGCGCCUCGAGAGACCAUCCUCGAAAUUGUGGGCCGUAUUUUCUCGUGGAUGUCGACGAUUCUCUAUCUCGGCUCGCGUCCACCACAACUCUAUAAAAAUUAUUGCCGCAAGAGCACGGAAGGACUCUCUCCGCUGCUUUUUAUGGCCGCUUUCUCCGGCAACCUCUUCUACUCCUCCUCGUUACUCACCAACCCCAACGCCUGGUCUGACUUCCCGCCGUACGGUGGCGGCGGCUGGGCCGACGUCCACGGCAACGACCGCUGGGAGUGGAUUGGACGUGCCAUCCCGUUCUUCCUCGGCGCCUUCGGUGUACUGGGUCUUGACGGUUACAUGGGCGUACAAUUUUUGAUGUACGGACCCCGGGAUACAGACGAUGAGAUCUAUGUCGGCAUGGAUGACGACGACGAAGACUCGAAGCGCGGCCGAGGUCGAUGGCGCCGUGUUCGCGGCUGGAUGCGUGGCUGGAUUCCAUCGGCAUCCCCUUCGCGUAGCGAGUGCGAGCGCACUUCUGUUCCACAGGAGGCACAGGCGCUUCUCGGUUCGGACCGUGGGCGUUAUGGAACUGUAUAA